AGGGGCUGCCAUGUUUUCCUUCUGAAUGCAUAUUUGUGCCACAUAUGGUACUGUUUUCGGGACUUUUGUAGAGGCUAUUAGUGGACUGCCCCUAGUUUAUCCGAAUUAACCUGAUUGGACGACGUGGCCGAGUGAUAAGAUGUGAUUGCCAAGACAUAAUCUAACAAUUGCUUUGUCUUUCCAUCGGGGCUCAGAUCAUCAUGUCAACCUAACCUUGCCAAAGCCAACCCCCCCCACCAUCAUCGCUAAACAUCGCCUCGCGAGCUUCAACACCAUACCCAGAAAACUCGGCAAGCAAACAAACCACCAAACAAGAAGGAAAGCCGGAUAAAGGAAAGAAAAAAGACCCAGUCAUGCCCCGUCUCUGCCGCUUCCCAGUUCCCAAACUCCCAUCCUCACCCGUCCUCCGUUCUGCAGGCGUAUACACUUCCGGAGCCCUUGUAACCCCCCCCCCCUUUUUCCCCCUACCACACACACACACAAAAACUAACGCCCCAAACCAACGGUCCAGUUCUCCCUCGGCUUCUUCCUCCUCCUGGACGCCGCAGUCUACAGCAAGCACGCGAGCGGCGGCGAUGUGCACAUCACCAUCGUGGACUGGAUCCCGCUGAUCUGCAGCGUCCUCGGCAUGCUCGUCAUCAACUCCAUCGAGCGCAGUCGACUCAACGCCAACACCUUCAGUCACAGCGGUAAUGACGUCACGUGGAAGGCGAGAUCGGUGCUCUUCAUUGGGCUCGCGCUCAUGGCUGGUGGGCUCGCCGGGGCCGCUUCGGUGCUCGUGAUGAAGUACGUCGUGCCCGGGUAUCCUUGGCCCACUCUCGGUUUUGGAGUGGCGGGGGUUAUGGGGAGCGCUUCUGUUAUGCUUUCUUGUAUUGUGUUGUGGGUGUCGCAGAAUAUCGAGGAUGAUUAUACGUAUAGUCUUUCGUUGUAAGGAGGGAGAUUUUUUUUUCUUUUUUUCCUUUCUUCUUUUUUCUUUUGGAGUGGGUGGGGUUGUGUUUGGUUGUAGGUUGGACAUGGGGGGGGGGGAGAAGGGCGGCGAUAGCUGCGGCGUCACUUACAGUAGUAAACGGCGAGUGGAUUGGGAGGGUGGGCAUUGGACGGCACCGCUGGACAUCGCGUACCAAUACAAUAGGCUUUUAGUAUCGUUUCACUUACCCCUCGCUUCUCCCUAUUGUCACAUUGGUUCCUUCUUUCCUUUCUCUUCCCCCCCCCCCCCACAAAGUUACGAGAUUUUCAUUUUUGAAAUCUUCUACUGGGCGGGUUUUGCCUUUCGCUCGUUGGGGUGGUAUUUGUCUCGUACCGGUAUUUGACGGGGGGUGUUGACGAAUAUCAUACGUUAUCUAACACAAAAUUGGGUGUGGCCCGUCUUUUAUUUUUGCACUUUCGAUUAUCGUUGCGCAAGCUGGGCCCUUUGAUUAGGCCACUGUUCCCAUAAGCGGGGCUCACAAACAGUCACUCGUUCAUUGCUAGCCAAGCGAUAGUGGUGUCCACGCUAUUCGUUGGGGCAAGUAC